AUGGCAACUCCAACUGUUGUUAUCGUCCCCGGGUCGUUUGCGCCAUCCAAACACUAUCGUGUGUUUACAGAGAGUCUCGAGCGACAUGGCAUCGACUCGCGCGUAAUCGAUACCCCAUCGGUUGGCAAGCGGGGUAAUCUCCCGCUUGCGACAAUGAGCGAUGAUGCCGACGAAAUCACCAACGUUGUUUCCAAGCUCCUCGAUGAGGGGAGGGAGGUCGUUCUCAUGACCCAUUCGUAUGGGGGCAUUCCUGGUACCCAAAGUCUGAGCAAGCUCUCGCGAAAGGCCCGCGAGGCUGAGGGAAAGCAAGGAGGAGUCGACAAGAUUAUCUACCUUGCGUCAGUCGUGUUGCAACCUGGUGUUUCCAACCUGGAUGCAUUUGGAUCAGCACUGCCUGACUUUCUCGAUCUUAAGGAUGACUACAUGACGCUUGAUCCCAAAGGCCACGCGACUCAUACCUUCUCCGACUUACCUUUUGAUGAAGCUUUGGAACUGGCAAAGCAGAUGCCUGAGCACUCAACACCAAGCUUCCGGGAACCACUGACGUAUCCUGGCUAUAAUGACGUGGAAGUGCAUUACAUCGUGUGCGAACAGGACCAGAUCAUUCCGCCUCAAUUCCAGCGAGCAAUGAUUGAAGGUGUCAAGGCGUCAAGUGGAAAGGAGGUUGCAGUGCACAGUUUCGAUAGCGGACAUGUGCCCACCGUUAGCCAGCCCGACAAUGUUUCUAAGGUUGUCAAAGAGAUAAUUGGAUCUUAA